CGCAGUGCUUCAGACAACAAACACUUUCACUCACUCCACAAACUCCAGUCUUCAGCACAUGAGCAUCAGGCGUGUUUUUGCCCAGUUUAGCAGCAUUAAACAUCUCUUCUGGAUGUGUACUGCAGUUUAAUUUACAGACUAAACUGUUAUUGGAAUAGAUAGUCCUAAUGGAACAUAUCUCAAGCCAAGAAGCAGAUGAAAAUCCUUAUCUCUGUUUUCAGAGAACACCAUCUUUUCGGCGCAAAUGGAGAAAACGCUAUGGGGGUUUGGAUGGAAACAAACUGCUGGAGCCAAAUAAGGAGGAAGACAUGAGAGAGAAUGGUGUGAUGACAGAUGGCCUCUCUGAAAGGAAUGCCGCCCCUGUGAAGAGUGCAGAAGCUCAGGAGAGCAGCAUUGCAGAGAAUAUUUCAACUCCUGUGCCAAGAAAAGCUGUGCCAUCUCAGAGACCUGUCAACUAUCUGCCUCCAGGAUCAACAGCUUUACCAUCAUUUAUCAACAAUGGUGGCACAAAAGUCCUUCAGGCAGAACCAGAGAGAACGCUCACUGCUCAGCCCUGGCCAAGCAUCAGCAGGACUGAGGUCCAGCAUAGCCAAUCCAAGAGAAAAGUAGCUGCUGACGUGCUAUUUGACAGCUUCGCCUCCGGAGGAAGAGUCGGCACCAAUCAUUUCUUUGAGACCCUGUGGUGCUCUGGCAUUUUAAGAACUGACCCACGGAUUAAGGAUUGCUAUGCGCUGAUGAAAAAACUGCAGGAUGCCGAUGGGACAGUGGAUAGGAACACUUUCCAAAGGUGUGUGACAGGCUUUGUAUCUUUCAUUCUGAAAGCGGUGCAAGGGAGAUUUGUCGUUCCAGAUUUCUGUAUGUUUGCCGAGGAGACCCAAAAAUUGUUCAUUAAAUGUAAACAACUUUCUUCCGUAGAGGAGAAGGAAGACAACAGCAAGGCCAGUGGAAAGUGGGGGUUUUCAAUCUGCACAGUGGAUGGGCAGAGGCUCUCUCUCGGGGACUGGAACGAGCCAUGUGUUCUGGGAGAGAUUGCUUGGCCUCUUAUUUAUGCACUUGCCGUGGAUCAACUUGGAGUUGACCGUGUCCAUAGACAUGUCGGAGUGGAGGAGUAUGCAAAAUAUGAGUCCCCCUUUACCCUGAGCAAACAAGGUGUCCCUCACACUCCCCUGACAGAGACAGGAGCUAUUGUAUGUGCAUCGCUGCUGCAGCAGUUAACACUGAGGCAAGUUACAGAGGAAGAGGAGAAAUAUGAGUCGGUUUUAAAUAUUGUAAGAAGACUAUGCAAUAAGGAACAUGCCAAUUUAAACUGUACAAGUUAUCUAGGCUUGAGGAAGGACAUUAUUCGUCUACAUGCACUUUCAUUUUAUCUCCAAGAAAAGAAGUGCUUCCCAGAAGCCACUGACAUAAAUGCUGCACUGGAGCUCCUGUUACAGUGUUUGUCUACAGAAGUCACAUGUGAGUCUGGAGCAGCUUUAGCCGCAACUUUAGCCAAUGGUGGCCUCUGCCCUAUGUCAGGUGACCAGGUCCUCUCCAGCUUGGCAGUUCGCAGUACUCUGUCCAUAAUGCAAGUGGCAGGAAUGAACAAUUACUCCAGAAUAUUCCAUUUUAAGAUAUCCGUGCCUGCCAAAUCCAGCAGUUCUGGUAUUGUGUUGAUAGUAGUCCCUGGAGUGCUGGGCAUCACUUGCUGGUCACCGGAGUUGGAUGCAUAUGGAAACUCCUGGAGGGCUGUGCAUUUCUGUGAGGAGCUGGUGUCAGUUUUUCAGCUGCACAGCUUCGAUAUCAGGACUCCAUUCAGACAGAUGCUGUCCUACAGGCAGUGGAAAGUGGAGUCGGAGGGCUACCAAAUCAUGAACAUCCUGCUGGCCGCUUAUCGAGGGGACCUGCACUCGUUACGGAGGUAUUUCCUCUCUGGAGCAGAUGUGAAUGCUGUUGAUUAUGAUGGAAGGUCUGCGCUUCAUGUGGCUGCCUCAGAGGGGCGUCUAGAGGUCAUCAAGUUUCUGAUGGAGAGCACCGGAACCAACUGUACACUCAAGGACAGGUGGGGAAACACGGCUUUGCAGGAAGCUAUAAGAUGCAAUCAGGGACCUGCUGUGCAGCUCCUCACAAAGUACACAGACUACAAGGAAAUGUUAUGAGAGUGCAUCAACCCCAGACAUGCAGUUUACACUUCGCAAUGGUUUAUGUUCUUUUUUGUAUUCCCUGAUUUAAGUGUUAAAUGGCUGGUACCAAAAUGAUAUGACUAAGACCUUUGAUUUAGAAAUGUGUGGAGGUGGGCAUGAACAGUUAACAUAACUAAUCUAUCAUGCCAUGGUGUAUCUGAACAGAAGAUCUGUAGUACCAGAGCAUUAAGAAAUCUAAGGUUUGGUGAGUCUAGAAGUGCAGAAAUGUUGUACAGUUAUCUCAGUAUUUUUUAUAAUCCCCAAGACUCAUCUGUGAGGAAUAAACAUUAUAUUCAAUAACAAAUGUUAUAUAUAAAGAUAUAUAUAUAUAAUAUCUCUAAUUAUUACAGGGCUUAAUGAUAAAAGCCAAUGCAGUGUACAUGGUAGCUAUGGAAAUAAGUACACAUUUGCAGUAAAAAUGAAUGUUUCGGACCUGAUUUCACAACAGCCUCUGAACUUGCUAACACAACUGAGAGUAAUGUUUUCCAAAAUGCAGAUUCCAAUAACUGUGAAGGAGAGAAACCAAGUGUCACACACUUACAGCUAACAUUCUCAUGAUUCAUCUGCAUAGCAAUAGAGAGACCAUUUUCUCAAACUAUUUGAAUGCAAUCCCUGGAUGAAAAUAUUGGACAGGAAGUCUAAUGGUGUAUUGAAAGCCAGCAAGGGUUUGGAUCUCAGAGUUUCAGCAAUAGCCAAUAGAGCAGUACAUGUUGCGUAAAGCCAAACUGGGAGAGGUCUAGAAGAUGGUUCUGUGUGAGGAAAAGAAACUUGGCUAUACUUAACACGUUACAAUAAAAUGUUAUUUGAAUUGUUUCCAUAAUGACUAAUGUUCUGGUGAUAUAUUUCACUGAUCAGAUGUUGGCAUUGUCUCAUUGUGGAAUAAACUAGCAUUUUGUCUUGUGGUUAUGCUGAGGUUAUUAUUCCAAGUGAACAAUUAUUUUAAAGGUCUGAGCAAUGCAGAGUGGAUUUGUUAUGUGGUGCAAAAUGUACAUGUUGAUAGAUAGACAGACAGACACAGAUAGAUAGAUAGAUAGAUAGAUAGAUAGAUAGAUAGAUAGAUAGAUAGAUAGAUAGAUAGAUAGAUAGAUAGAUAGAUAGAUAGAUAGAUAGAUAGAUAGGCAAACUUUUGAUCCUGUGUCAGAUAUAUUACAGAUACAUUGCUGUAGCCAGUAAUAUUGCACCAUUAAAGAUCAGUAAAUGUAAAGCAGUGAAAUCUCCAGAGGAUCACGAUCAAUGUUUUAAGAUUUUUCUGGAGAUGUGGAACAUUUUUUUUGUUGCAAUCAGCUCCUCAGGUUACAUCUAUACAAUUCGUACAGACUGAAUGAACCAUAAUGAAUCAGUGCUCCUGUCAGCUGCAGCUUUGUAGAUGUUUGAUUCGAAUAUUAUGAAUGUUAGUAAGAGUAGAGCUAAUUGAACUAAUACACUAAUAGUAUUAGGUUUCUUUUUUGUUUUUCCACCGAGGACACUUUGUUUCUCUUUCCCCGUGCGGUGUCCAGUAUAACCUGGACACACUGCACAGUAAGACAAUA